GACCUCAUUUAAGGGCUGACUGCCACUGGGGAAGGAUUUCUUUCUGGAGAUCCCGCUUGAUGGAGCUUUCUGAUGUGAACCUGAAAUCUUCUGAUAUGGAUUGAAGACAUCAUUACGAGAAUGCAGGAUGACAAAACUGGUGGAGUCCCCAUCCGAACUGUCAAGAGCUUUCUGUCUAAAAUCCCCAGUGUCGUCACCGGUGCUGAUAUUGUGCAGUGGCUUAUGAAGAAUCUCAGCAUUGAGGAUCAAGGGGAAGCAAUACACUUGGGAAGUCUUAUCGCUGCACAGGGUUAUGUGUUUCCAAUCUCAGACCAUGUCCUUACCCUGAAAGAUGAUGGGACAUUCUAUCGUUUUCAGGCACCAUACUUUUGGCCUUCAAACUGCUGGGAGCCAGAAAACACAGAUUAUGCCAUCUAUCUUUGCAAACGGACCAUGCAGAACAAAGCUAGGCUGGAGCUGGCCGAUUAUGAAGCCGAAAACUUAGCAAGACUUCAGAGAGCAUUUGCAAGGAAGUGGGAAUUCAUCUUCAUGCAAGCUGAGGCCCAAGUGAAAAUUGACAGGAAAAAGGACAAAACAGAAAGGAAAAUUUUGGACAGCCAGGAAAGAGCAUUCUGGGACGUGCACAGGCCAGUGCCGGGCUGUGUGAACACCACAGAAAUGGACAUUAGAAAGUGUCGUCGUAUGAAAAACCCACAGAAGGUGAAAAAGUCAGUGUAUGGGGUUACAGAGGAAUCUCAGCCCCAAAGCCCUGUACAUGUGCCCUCCCAACCCAUACGCAAAACUACAAAAGAGGAUUUCCGGAAACAAAUAACUUUUCUGAACCUGCAGAUAGACAGGCAUUGUUUAAAGAUGUCCAAAGUUGCAGAAAGUUUAAUAGCGUACACAGAGCAGUAUGUGGAAUAUGACCCUUUUAUCACUCCUGCUGAGCCUUCUAAUCCCUGGAUAAGUGAUGAUGCAGCUUUGUGGGACAUUGAAAUGAGCAAAGAACCUAGUCAGCAGCGUGUGAAAAGAUGGGGCUUCUCCAUGGAUGAGGUGCUGAAGGACCCAGUAGGACGAGACCAGUUCCUUCGUUUCCUGGAAUCAGAAUUCAGCUCAGAAAACCUCAGAUUUUGGUUGGCUGUCCAAGAUCUCAAAAAACAACCUCUACAGGACGUGACCACCAGAGUGGAGGAAAUCUGGCAAGAGUUUCUAGCUCCUGGGGCCCAGAGUGCUAUCAACCUGGAUUCCCACAGCUACGAGAAAACAAGCCAAAAUGUCAAAGACCCAGGGAGAUACACAUAUGAAGACGCACAGGAGCACAUUUACAAGCUGAUGAAGAGUGACAGCUAUGCGCGCUUCCUCCGUUCAAAUGCUUACCAGGACUUAUUGCUGGCAAAGAAGAAGGUAUCUGUUGGAAAGGACAUGCUUGCAUCUAUUUGCACCUCUUGAUUCUCGCCUGCUGCUUGCUGCUAGUGUGAAAAUGAAAAUAUUGUUUCCUUUUUUAAAAAAUUUUAUUUAAUGAGAACUUUUGUUUUCUUCACCAGGGGCACAGAGUAUGGCAUCCGUAUGCACAACCUCAACACAUGUUUUUGGGAAAGCGGGAUGGCCCAAGACAAAAAAAAAAAAAAAAAUCCAGAAAUUUGCUUGUCUUGCCCAACAGCCUCUCAAAUGCAGUGCAGGCAAUUAAAACUGCAUUGCCUUUUCCUUUGACAAAGAUGAGAAUGCAGAUGAGAAGCAGAACUCAUCAAUCUAUUAAUUGGUCUUGCAAAUUUCACCCAUUCUGGUUUUCGCCUCCUCGGCCUCACCAGGUGAUCUUCCCUUUGGAUGCCUUACCUCUAGACUGCCCUGUAGUGAUUUCCAUUCUCAUUUUCCCUUGCUCUUGCCAUAAGAAAGAUGGUUCUUUUUCCUUGGAGACAGGAAAUAAUUGCAACCUAUGCAGCAAUUAAGGGUUUCAGCCACAUUUUUUACAGGUCAACUGAUUUUGAGCUCUUUAGCAUUGCUGGCACCCACGUGUGCUUUGCCAGCACGGCAUUUCUGCCAGGAACCCCCAGUUCAAGGUAAUGAAGGAGUGGUUACCUGGUGUUGUGGCAGAUCCUGCUCAAAUGUCCAUCCUUUCCAAGAGGCUGGGAGGUAAUCUACAGCUCUCUGCACUAGUAGCUGUGUUCACGUGCUUCCUGCACCUUGUGACUCCUGUAAGUCUGUGUGUUCAUGUGCAUGCAUAUUAACAUUUGUAUGUCUCUCUUCUUUUUGACUUCCAGGACCACUCAUAAACUGGCUCCUACAGCCUGAGCGUGGGUUUUCUCAUCACCAUCUUCCCUGUUGUUUUUCUGCUGCAUUCUCUGUGUGCUGCCAAAUUAUGUUGCACUGGCACAAUACCAUGAAAUCCCAGUGGUAUUUUUGUCCUGAUUGUCACUGUGUAUUCUGAAAGCAUGCGCAGUGUGACAGAAGGAGACAAACCCCUCUGUCCGCUAUGCCUGGGACUGCAGGCAGGUGGAUUGGGGCCGAUAAUGGAGGGCAGCAGUCAGCCCUUUGUUUCAGAAUGUCUGAUUUGAGACAGCACUGUGCAGCGCUGCUUAUAUUUGAAAAGGUUAGGUCUUCUUAGAGUUCAGAGGCGGUAGGGAAAGAAGGAAGUGCAAUGCAAAGUCCUCUGAUAGUAUAAAGCAUAAAAACCUUUGCCAUCCUCUUCUCUAUCAGCUUUUGGCAUGCCGUCCCCAUCCUCCCUCCGCUGAACACAUGAGGGUUCAUCUGCUUCAAAGCAGAAGGGUUUUCUCCUCCCAGCUGAGCCCAUUCAAACCAGAGGCUUUUUUCUGCAGUCCUUGUUUGCUGUCAGAUCAAGGCCUGGAUGUGUCAGCAUGACAUCCUCAUCCCCCCGCAAACUGCCGGAGGAACAGGCCUUGGUGUCAUGUUAACACAGCCGUGAAAGUAAGAAUCAAGUUUCUGUUAGAAAGAGCUGUGGGUGCACAAGUAAACAUAGUGAGGUGCAAAAAAAGGCAGUAGUAUGUAGUUCUGUGUAGAUGCAUUGCUCACCUGCUUCACACUAUGCAAGGGGGGAAUUGAUGUUACUCCAGAAUCUGCCAAGCUCUUAGCAAUCAUGUCGCAUUGUGUUGAGUGAGUGAACAUUUCCAAGGCAGCAUAGGUACACAAAUGCUGACAGAAAGAACAUGAAGUUUCUGUGCAUUGAGCUGCACGGUAAGAUCAUCAAUGCCUUUGGUGCAGGUUUGAGGGGCAUCCAUUUAGAAUUCCUGUAAAUAUCAGAAGGAAGGAAACACAGAGGGCUGUCAAAGCCUGCAUGGGUGGAGGAUUUGGUUUAGAGCCUGCACACAAAGUCCUGGCUUCACUGAUGUGAGCAGAAAUUCACUGCAGUUGUUUAAGGCUUGAUGAGGUAUGUCUGUCUGGAGCAUGGAUAUGUCUUAUCCACCAGACAGUGUCCUAAUGCUGCCUCUAUGCAAUAUGAAUAUUACUUACAAUACAGAAAAUACAUUUUUUUGAAAAAACAGCACUGUGGACUUGGACAGAGAUAGUUGUAUGCACAGAGUACACGAAUGCCUAUGGCUUAUAUUCACGCAUGAAUAUUUCACGGGUGUGUUUAUGUUUUAUGGCAUUUUCAGCCCUGCAGCACUGGGCCGUGGUAAGCUGAGAUGGCAGGACAAGGGAAAAGGCUGCUGUGUGGCUAAAGCACAGGACUCGGAACCACAAAAUCCAUGUGUAUACUUUGGUUCUCCCCAUUUACAUUCUUGUGUGGUCUUGGGAGGAAAAGAAAGUUCAGCUUUACUCUGCUUCAUAUUCUAUUCUAGAAUAAGAGCUACCUGCUCAGUGAAGACAUCUCAAGGCUUCCUUAGUGCCUCAAAAGAUGCUUGGCAUUGUUGGGAUGCUGGGAUUUGGAGUUUGGAAAACACUAUAAGUUCCACAUUGUACAAUAACCACACAUGUGUGAGCUUCCACUCCCUGCUCCGAGAGUGCAGUAAUGAAAGGGAGAGAGAUAAGAGAAGUUCCAGGUCAGGACUGAGAUACAAGGACAGAAUUAUGAGGAGGUCUGGGGAGGAUAAAAGGGAUGCACUGUUUGCACAACUGAUGUACGGUAGUGGAGGACAUAGGCUGCAUACAGACCAAGCAUACAUUGUUUGUUAUUUUGUUUUGGAUUUUUUUCCCCUCUGUUCUUCACAUUGUCAUUAUUAAAAGCACAAUACUAUUGGCCUCCGUCCUGCAGAUUCAUGGCACUCAGCAGGGAGCAGGAGGUCAGCCUCUGGCAUGGGUUUGACUGGAAGUAGCACAGUGGGGAGGAGGAAGGGCUGAGGGCCUGGCCUGGCCCCCAUUCACCAUCUGCAUGCUGGCUUCCUAGUGAGCAAAGCAGAGAGCAUGGGGCUGAUUGCGAGGCCUCACAAUCUUGAAGGUCUUUUCCAACUUGGUUGAUUCUGUGAAAGGAGCAGGAAAGACCUCAAGGUGCUUUCCAUUACUGUGCAUGAAAAGAAGGCGAAGCAGUGAUACUGGUGGGCAUCUCCACCUGACUGCCAGCUUGAUCAGUGGCUGAACUGCUACAGCUCCCGUGUUCUUGUCUGGCAUGUGGUGGCUUCCCACAGGCACAGGAGUGUCCCACAGGGGCUGCAGAGCUGCAGGAAUGAGCUUCAUCACACUACAGCAGGCACAGACUGGUGUUUGCAGGGUUUUGUGCAGGACUGCCCUCAUCAGCUGGCACUGAAAGGUGAGCUCCCUGUGUUCAGAACAAAAAGAUGCAAAGUACUUUUUCAGCUGUUUGGUAGGGUUGUCCAUGGCCCUUGCUUUUUCCCAUUGGACAGGUAUAAAUGGCUGCCUGAGAAGCUGGGGACAUGUUUCUAGCCUUUUCCUGAACUGGUGUCAGGGAAGUGAUUACCCUUCAUUUUCGUGCAGCAGCAUCCCUCUGCAACACAUGGUUUUCUCCUUCAGUAGCCAACAAAAUGAAUCCUGGGAGGGAAGGAAGGAAUUUUGCAGACCUGCAGUUCAGAGGACUGAGCUUUUGAAUGCAUUUUCUAAUUCCUUUUCAAGUCCCUGGCAAAAAUGUCAGCAAGGUGGUGGCUGGGAGCUUCAUGCCAGGAAGGGCAGACUGCCUUUACAGCAUACGCUUUUUGAAGCAUUGCUUUUAUCUAGAGCCUCUGUCCCAGUUCUCUGUAUUGCCUCCCACUGCAGAUGCCAUCUUUGCUUGGUCCCAUCAGGGUGCAUAUGACCAGUGUGAUUCAGUGGCAGGACUGGUUUGAAUGCUAUAAAGAUGCUGAGCAAUUUUUUCCUAAUUACUUUUAAUAAUUAGUGUCAGCUGGUUUUCAUAAGAUUUUCUACUUACACAAUUCUAUGCCAGCAGAAUCCACACAAAGAAACUUAAAAUCAGGAUGGUUAGAUAAAUAAUCAUGGGAAAAGAAAAACUCAGAGGAAAUUGUGAAUAAUUAGUGAAUGGUUAAUUGACAAGAUCUGUUUUUCAGCACCUACCUGGCCUGACGUGUUCAUCUACAGCAGGGGUGGUGGUUUCAUGCUUUAUCCAAAUACUCAUGUCCUUUGUUGUUAGCUGCUGUGUUUACAGGCAAGGAUGGCCCCCUUCCUUUCUGCACCUACAAGGACUGCCUGACCUGGCUUGUGCAUGUGGCACUUUGCAGUAGCAGUGUGUGUUUGUGCAAAUGCCAUUGUGCUGCACCUCUGGAAUCCACAAUCUCAUCCAACACUUCCUGGGCUGGACCCAAGAUGUGUUCACAGCGCAAAGAAAUGCCUGUCUCUUUUCUUAAUUUUUUUUUUUUCAUUAUUUUUUGUUUAUCAUUUCUUUCCUGUGCUGGUGGGAUGAAGGCAGGGGAAGCUGGGGAGCCAUGCACCAGCACCCUUGCUCACUGCCAGGAAAUCUACUCGUGCCAGCUCAUCGCUCUGCAGCCAGCCAGCCUCAGCUGCUUUUUAUUUUAUUAGAGAAUGUCACACUUUGACUCAGAGCUGAAUGCUAUGGGAAUGAUUGUUCCAUUCAGCUGGUCCCAGCCUCCUGUCCCCAUGCCAAGACACGGCGUUGCUGCAGCCUGUGCUUGCAAGGCGUUUCUAUGGGGCACAUCUGUGCUUUGGGGUGACCUGUGCCUGCUUCCCCACAGUGUCCUCAGCUGUGGUAGGAAAAUGGCCUCACAUGCGAUGACCUGUGCUAGAUGAGCUCUUCGCACACAGUGGGGUGCUCAGCAUUCUUGGAGACCACCACCCUGCAUUUGUGCAAGGCUGGAAGCUGCUUCACCGUGCUUGAAGCAAGAAAAAAGACACUGCAUUUUGGCAGUAGGUACAGGGAGACUGUGCAGACCAGCUUCAUCAGCUUGAUCCCCUUUGUCGCCAGUGCACUCCAAUGCUUCAGCUUAAAUGGGCCAGUUUUUCAGCCUGCAGCAAUGUGAUGCUGCAGACUCUCAGCACCUUGCUCCACGGAGCCUAGCAGAGCACUGUCUUUUGUCAAGGUGUUUAUUUUCCUGGGUGAAAUUGUGCAUUUGUCCUCGUGGCAGCCAGGGUAUGUCCUUGCCUCCCCACCAGUCACAGAGCCUGUCUUGUGUGCCUUGGCUCUGUUCUCAGCACUGGCUGAGGUGAUAUCUGUCACAGAGGAUGAGAACUGAUGUCCCUGUUCCCACAGUACCAGGGCCACAACAUGGAGCAGCCCAAAUGUGCUGCAUCUACAGGAAAAGCUGAGCGUGAUCACAGUAAGAGCAUUGCUGAAAAUGUGUUUCCUGCUGGCAUUUCUUCUAGCUCUCUGUCAGAGGUCUCUGUGGGAGCUCUUCCCAGGGGACCCCCUCACCCUAUUUUGUUGUUCUUAUUGUUGUUCCCUUCCCACCCAUCCCCUGCUUUGGGGCUCACAGGCAAGGUGCAAUGAGCUGCCACUCUCCAAUAUUUUAAUACAUCAUCUGAUGAGGAGCUCCAGUGCCAUGCUUAUUUCCAAUGCAGUAUCAUGCACCUUCUUUACUGUGGCUUUCCCUUAAAAAUAGCUUCUUAUCCCCUUCACUGCCAUUUUACUUCCAUCUCAUUAUCUCCAUUUCACCGACUCACCAUACUGAAAUAGUUUUCUCUCCUGGAAAUCACCAAUGCUCACAGUUUUCUGACUGCAGUGAGCUUUGCUUCAUAUUAUUGAGUUUUUUCUCAGUUCCAUAACAAUUUUUAUCUACUAGAUAUGCCAACAUACAUGACAAUAAAUUAUUUAGUUCCUUUUUAAUGACAAUUAGAUCUCCUUGUUGUCGAAUGAAUGAAACGUGAUGGUGAGCAGACUUCUCAUGGAUAUAUUAAUAGAGCCAUGAUAUGUACACUUGUCUUCUUGCAGUGAAGUUGAAUGUCUUCUUGCAUAUCAAUAGUCCUGGACACAGAUAGAAAAAUAUCAGUGCCCCAAAUUGGCUUGUGUCUUUCCAUGGCCUUGCACUGACAUGUACGCUGUCUCAUGUUUUGAUGUAGCCAACCGUACUGGAAAUCUGCUUGUAUCCUCUGGAUAAGUAGAGGAGUACAUAGUUCCCUGGCAAUGAGUUCGAUAGGAUUUUCCUUCCAGCACUGUAUUCACUCACACACUGUUUUUUAAUGUUGUAAAAGUUGCUGUGUUUUUUCAUCUCUUGAAGUAAGUAGACGGCAGUCUCCAAUCAGCUGUUUGGCAGAUGUUAACCAGAAUCAGAGGUCCCAGCUCAAACAGCUACAGAAGGAAAAUUCAAUGAACAUGAAAUCAAUAUCAAUAGCUGUGAGACACAGCAAUGCACAGACGCUGUUUGAUCCGUUCAAAAAACUCACGGGAGGAAAGGUGACAUUCUCCAAGAGUAGAAGUAGUGAUGUUUCUCAUUCUGUAAGGGGUUUUGGUUUCUUAUGUUUGCUAUUGCAAACAUUGAUUUCUGCUUUUUACAAUUUUUUUUUACAACU